AUGGCAGCUUCAGCAAUCUCAACAUAGUGCCUGAUUUUGCUGGAACUCAAAGAUUUGUUACUGGGUUCCACCAAUAAUCAGCAUUCUUGUUUAUCACUUUGGAACAUUAUUGCUGUUUCCUGACAAUGAGAGCUGUUGUAAGUUGUAACUUCAGUCAAAAAAAAGUAAGUACUAAAUGGUGUAGUGCAUAUUCGUUACAGUUUCUUCACAAUACUUAAAUUUUGCAAAAAUCCUUCACCUUGAGUAACUUUUGUAAUUUGGGUAGGUAUGGGAAAUGCCAUUUUCUGACACAGCUCUACCUGAUCUUCAAGAUUCACCAACUGGGUUCAGCAAAUUAUUUGACAGACGACUGACUAACAUGAAUGAUAGACUAGAUAGACUGGUAAUGUUCAAUGCGGUUUAGGUUAAGAGUGCCUUGCUCCAAGAUGAAAUGAUGAUAUGCUCAGAUUGUAUUUGGUAUGUAUACAACGACACAUCAGUUACAUUGGGGAUGAAAAUGGCUCCUUUACCUCCCUCUUUCUCAUCACUAAAUAAAAUUGAAGUCAACUCUGCUGGAAUGAUAUGGCAGUGGUAGCCGCAAUAUCAUUUUAUAUGUCAAGUUGAAGAAAUUAAGUUUUUCCACUUCCAUCCAUUCCUAUUCUGGUAAGCUUUCCUCCUCCUCCCCCCCCCCCCCCCCCUUCUUUUUCCUUCCCUUCAACUAAAGUCAACUAAUGACUGUCAGAGAAUUUGCACCCUUAUCGUGAUUUUGUUUAUCAGCAAAGCUAGGCUCCUGUUUCUGGAUUUGGAAUAGAAAAAUCCAAGGUUUCUGUCCUAUAGUGACAAACAAACUCAUUGGGCUGAUAGAAUAUUUAGAUUUCACUAGGACCAAGUUGUUAUUAGUUUAUUUGAACCAAAAUGGUCAAUGAGUUGACUGCACAAUUUUCUGGGCCUCUUCAUAUUUCCAAGAAUUUCUCAAACUCAGUAAAUUGAUCCCAUGGUUUGAUUACCCCCUCCCUGUUUUAUUCCUUUGAGAUGGGCGGUGUUGCAGUCACAGUUUUCUCUUUCUGUUUCUUCGCACUGCUAAUUGAACAUGGCUACACCCAUCCAUUGUGUACUGAUUCAAGAGCACCAUUUACCACAAAACCCUCUCUUGGCUUCUGUCAGUACAAUGGAAGUGUGUGCUGUAACUCCACUCAAGACCUUCAGUUGCAGAACCAGUUCAAGGCAAUGAAUGUGCCGGCUGCUCCACGUUGUGCCUCCAUCAUCAAAUCCAUACUUUGCUCAAGAUGUGAUCCUUUUUCAGCAGAGUUAUACGGGACUGGAUCUGUACCUCGGUGGAGCUGGUCAGCCUCGGGGAAGUCCUUUACCAAGUUGACUGAUUUCUGGGAUUCAGAGACUGGUUUCUGCAGUGCAUUUGGAGGGGUUAACACAACAUGUUUCGGAGGAGGGCCAGUCUUAAAGCACAAUAAUAUACCAGGAACACCACCUUCUAGCGGAGUCUGCCUGGAGAAAAUUGGCAAUGGCUCAUACCUCGACAUGACUGCAUUGCCAGAUGGGUCAAAUCGGGUUCUUCUGGCAAGCCAGUCCGGCAAGAUUUGGCUGGCGACUCUGCCAGAAGAAGGGUCUGGGAAAGUGAUGGUGCUCGAUGAAUCGAAUCCGUUUCUCGACCUGACUGAUCAGGUACAUUUCGACAGCGAGUUUGGGCUAAUGGGGAUAGCCUUCCAUCCUAAGUUUGAACAGAAUGGCCGAUUAUUUGCUUCAUAUAACUGUGAUAAGGUGACAUCACCCACAUGCUCAGGGAGAUGCUCGUGUAACUCAGAUUUCGGCUGUGAUCCUUCACUGCUUCCUUCAAAAGAUGGAGGACAGCCUUGUCAAUUCCAUAGCGUUGUAGCUGAGUACAGUGCCAACGGUACUGCAUUGCAACCUCCGAGCACGUGGAUGAGGUUACUUCCACAGGAAGUAAGGAGAAUAUUGACAAUGGGGCUUCCUUACAGUGCACAUCAUGGUGGUCAAAUACUGUUUGGACCUGAAGAUGGGUAUUUGUACUUUAUGAUGGGGGAUGGUGGAAGCAAAGGCGAUCCUCAAAAUUUCUCACAAGAGAAGCAGUCUUUACUUGGGAAGAUCUUGAGAAUUGAUGUUGACAAUGUAGCAAGUGCAAAAGCAAUAAACGACUUGGGUUUAUGGGGGAAUUACUCCAUCCCUAGAGAUAACCCAUUUACAGAAAAUAAGGAUUUCAAACCUGAAAUCUGGGCAAUGGGGUUUCGAAAUCCUUGGGGAUGUAGCUUUGAUGCAACUAGACCUUCGUAUUUCCUCUGUGCCGAUGUUGGCGAGGAAAUGUUUGAAGAGGUGAACCUUGUGAGCAAGGGCGGAAACUAUGGAUGGAGGGUUUAUGAAGGGCCUUCCGUUUACAACGACACAAAUUCAAAGGUGACGGCGAAUUCAUCUACCAUGAAAAGCUCCAUGAACCCAAUCUUUCCUGUGAUGGGGUACAAUCACUAUGAGAUCAAUAAAGUUAAAACGGGAUCUGCUUCCAUCACUGGUGGCUAUUUCUACCGCUCAACUACUGAUCCAUGUAUGUAUGGAAGGUACCUUUAUGCUGAUUUGUACGGUGGAAACGUGUGGGCAGGGACGGAGAACCCAGACGACAGUGGACACUUCAGCACCAACCUUCUCGAGGUAAAAUGCGCACACGACUCUCCUGUUGCAUGUUCGUCCGAUGCAGGGACUAGUGCGCUGCCUUCGCUUGGUUACAUAUUCAGCUUCGGAGAGGACAAUAGGAAAGACGUCUUCAUCUUGGCCAGCAAUGGUGUGUACAGAAUCGCCCAUCCCAGUCGCUGCAACUUCGUCUGCCCAAAAGAAAAUGCCACUCUUCGUGCCGCGCCCUCUUCUCCUAUUCCUCGCUCUUCUGCUUCUGGACAAGGUCUCAGGUCCUCCAUUAUCAUGCAGUUGGUCCUCUUUCUCUUGAUCACAAUCAGGAUGUCAUCUUUGUAA